CAAUAUUGAGAUAAGGUUCACUAUAUCUUUGUUCUUUCUGACCGACCUCCAAGCAGGGCAAAUCUAUAUCACCACCGCCAUUGUACAAGUUUGUCUCGUAUAAAUUCACAAACAUUGUAACAAUAGUGAUAUUUGAACAAAAAUGGAUUCUUAUUCUCCCUCUACGCAUAUACAACAAAAGCCUCAUGCUGUAUUUGUACCAUUUCCAGUACAAGGUCAUGUGAACCCUUUCAUGCAACUUGCCAAACUCUUUCGUUGCAAAGGUUUUCACAUAACCUUUGUGAACACUGAAUUCAACCACAAACGUUUGAUAAAAUCGCUUGGACAAGACUUUGUGAAGGGUCUACCAGAUUUUCAAUUUGAGACUAUACCCGAUGGUUUACCAGAAUCUGAUAAAAAUGCAACACAAGAUGUUGUACCGUUGUGUGAAGCAAGUAGAAAAAACUUUCACGCUCCUUUGAAAGAGCUUGUGAAAAAGCUCAACACUUCUUCACCACAUAUUCCAGUUACUUGCAUAAUUGCUGAUGGAUUUUCGGGCUUUGCUGGAAAAGUGGCAAAGGAUUUGGGGAUUCAAGAACUAGUGUUUUGGACUGCUUCUGCUUGUGGCAUGUUGGGAUAUUUACAGUACGAUGAGCUUGUUGAGAGGGGAAUUAUUCCCUUCAAAGGUGAAACUUUUAUUGAUGAUGGCACCUUGGAUACAAGUCUAGAUUGGAUCUCAGGAAUGAAAGAUAUCAGACUAAAAGAUCUUCCAAGCUUCAUGAGAAUCACCGAUCUAAGUGAUAUUUUGUUUGAUUUUGUGGGCUCCGAGACACAAAAUUGUUUGAGAUCAUCGACAAUAAUCAUUAACUCGUUCGAAGAAUUGGAAGGUGAAACCCUUGACACCCUUAGGGCCAACAAUCCAAACAUAUAUAGCAUUGGCCCGAUUCACAUGCUUGGUAGACAUUUUCCUGAGAAAGAAAAAGGUUUUAAAGCAAGUGGUUCGAGUUUAUGGAAAUCUGACCCGGAAUGUAUAAAAUGGUUGAGUAAAUGGGAACCUUGCUCAGUACUAUAUAUUAAUUAUGGAAGUAUAACUGUUAUGACAAAUCAUCACUUGAAAGAAUUUGCUUGGGGAAUAGCAAAUAGUAAAUUACCUUUUUUAUGGAUAUUGAGACCAGAUGUAGCAAUGGGUGAAGAGACUUCAACUUUGCCACAAGAUUUUCUAGAUGAGGUUAAGGAUAGAGGAUACAUAACUAGUUGGUGCUAUCAAGAUCAAGUGCUUUCUCAUCCAUCAAUUGGGGGAUUCUUAACUCAUUGUGGUUGGAAUUCUACACUUGAAACUAUUUCCUAUGGUGUGCCUACUAUUUGUUGGCCUUUCUUUGCUGAGCAACAAACAAAUUGUUGGUAUUUAUGCAAGUCUUGGAAAAUAGGGAUGGAAAUUAACCAUGAUGUUAAAAGGGAUGAUAUAACAGAACUUGUUGUGCAAAUGAUGGAAGGAGAAAAGGGAAAAGAAAUGAGACACAAGUGCUUGGAGUGGAAGAAGAAAGCUAGAAAAGCUACUAAUUUGGGUGGAUCAUCAUACAAUAAUUUCCAGAAGUUAAUCAAAGAGGUUCUUCAUCAUAAAGCUAUUUGAGUCCCAAAUACAAGUCUAGUAUAUGGUCUAUAUAUUUUGUUGAGAUGCGACAUCGACAUUUCUGUUCUAUUACUUUUAGCUAAACUAUUUCCACUUAAUAAGGUCUUAUUAAUGUUAGUUCUUAAUAUUAACUAUAAGCAAUAUUUUCUGGGA